GGGAAAAGGUAAGGCCGUCCAACCAAAUUGUUGGCUCUUUUUCGUACUGACAUCAUAAAUCUCCUUAUGAGGUGGAAGAGACGAGUCGUUCAGUUCUUUCCCUAUUAAUAUACUUCUGAAAUUGUAAAUAUGAUCAAGCAGUGGACCUAACUCCCAAACAAAAAACCCACAACUUUUAUCGUAAUUCAAGUUAAUAGAUGAUGGAUUAUCCCUCUUCACCUCCUGUAUAUCAGUCCCUCUUUCCUGAUAAAUCUGAAAACAAACUGAAUCCAAGUGAAGUAGUUGGAUCUACGCAACUAGAUUCAGAAGAUCUGAAUAAAUCUGAUUCCAGUGAAAAUGUGUUAGAUGCAGAAAAGAAACCAAACCCUACAUAUACAGUUGAAGAUGCUGUGGAGGCAGCUGGUUUUGGAAGGUUUCAGUUGAAGCUUUUCAUUUUAUGUGGAGCAAUAUCGGCUGCAGAUGCUAUGGAAAUGCUACUGCUUUCAGUACUUGGUCCAGCAUUACGAUGUUAUUGGCUUCUGUCGUCAGGACAAGUCGCUGCCAUAACCACAGUUGUUUUUGCCGGGUUUUUAUUUGGAGCUCCUCUAUGGGGUUUUAUCGCAGACAGAUUUGGUCGUUGGCCGACUUUAUUGAUUGUUUUAUCAAUGAUAACUUACUUCGGCAUCAUCACAAGUUGUGCCCCCACUUAUAUUUGGGUCAUAAUAUUACGACUUCUGGUCGGAUUCGCUAUUGGUGGUGGAAAUAGCAGCUUUACGUUAUUCUCCGAAUUUCUGACCGUUAAGCAUCGGGCCAAAGUUCUGUUAGCUUUCAAUAUAUUCUGGGCUUUUGGAAGCACAUUUGAAGUUGGUUUGGCAUACCUUAUUCUGCCAAGAUUUGGCUGGCGAUGGCUGGUGUUUGUUUCAGCCUUACCUCUAUUGAUUUUCUUAUUUUUAUUGAGGUUUCUGCCUGAGUCUCCAAGAUAUCUUGUUGGUGCCGGCAAAACUGAAGAAGCUGAACAUAUUAUUGCAGAUUUGUUCCGUACGAAUCGGGUUGUUCCUCUUAGGGGUACUCUUGUAUCAUCCACUGUACCUAUACGAGAUAGAGGCAGUAUAAAAGGAAUGUUUGGGAAAACCUAUUUAGUGACUACACUAAUGUUGCCGAUUGUAUGGUUCAGUGCAGCAUUUGUUUAUUAUGGUGUCGUUCUAUUAAGUGCUGAAAUAUUUCGCUUCAAGCACUCUUGUUUUGGUAAACCUAUUCUAACCCCAGACUAUCAUGGUAACCUGAGCCAUUUUAACGUCCCACCACUUCUGGAAACUUCAAGCCAAAUAGACAACUUUUGUUGUAAAGAGUUGUCUGAUGAUGAUUAUGUCGCUAUGUUAGUCUCUUCAAUUGGUGAAUUUGUUAGUAUACCAUUAAUGAUUUUCAUGGUCGACUUAGCUGGAAGAAAGAUUACUUUGGCUACGUGGAAUGGACUUAUAGCUGUUCUGUUUAUGUUACUUUAUCUUUGUAUGCCUAAAUCAGCCUUAACAGCUCUAUUAUUUGUUUUGCGCGCUUUGUCUGCCGGUUUAUUUAGUUGUGCAUACGUUUACACAACGGAGGUCUAUCCUACAACUGUUCGUGCAGUAGCUGUCGGGAUGUUCAGUUCGAUUGCCCGAUUGGGUGCAAUGGUCACACCUUAUGUAGCUCAAGUAAUGAUGCCAGAAGUAUCGGAAAUUGGAGCUUUAUCUUUAUAUGCCUCUGUAACCCUGAUAGUCUCAAUUGUAUCCCUUUUCCUACCAAUAGAAACAAAAGGGCGUCAGCUACCUAAUUCUGUAGAUGCUCUAUCAACUUCUUCCUUGCCAACUGGAAAUGCACCACCCAUCGCUUCUCCAAAGACCAGCAAUGCAUCAUCUAAAAUUUCGGAGUAAAUCCUUAUUUAUAUUACUCAAGGUUAUUGUAAUGUUCGCUGUUUUGGGAUUAUAACACAUAUAUAUUCACUUGUCUUUCUUGUUUUUUUCAUCAUAAUAUUCACUAAUAUUUAUUUAUUUAUUUGGAUUUGUGUGUAUUCACGAGGUAAAUAGAGUAUAUAAAAGAUAUUACUUGUUUUUUCUCUCGUUAUUCUGUCGCUAUAUUUACAUUGUAACUAUCGGAGCGAAUGAAGCUGACGUUAGACAUGAAGUAAAUAAAACAAUGUUGGAAACCAACUAAAAUAUUUUGUCUGCCUUCUAUUUUUGUAUUAGUUUUGUCGUUGCUAUAACUUUUUAACGCCUCAGGCCCAUUGUGAUAUGUGUAUGUAAAAACAAUGAAAAAUAAUUUAUCUUCUGUAUGGUUAUGUAACUUUGGAUCUAAUGUCCUCUGUGCAUCUCUUCUACUUUCCUCAUGUUUUCCUUUUGUGUUUUGGACUUCUGUGGAUGAAAACAAUAAAUGCUAUAACUAUAAUGUGUACUUUUGUAUUUGUUUGUAUGUAGAAUAAAAGUUGACCAUUAUGAAAGACAGUUAAAAGUUACAGGUUGAUGCUUAUUUGUAUUUAAGUGCUUGUUGAGUAAUGCACAUGUUCAGACCAAUGACUCGGAACUCCCGCUGAACACGGAUAGACUAGAAUUCAAUGAACAACAUUCUAUUGUCUUGUAAUAUAAUGAACGUGUCGUGGUAUACGAUUCCCA